GCGGAUCAGAAAAAAGAAAACACCAGUCAUCACCAUGCAUGUUUCUAACUACGGGAAGAUUUUUGUCAUUUGAAAAGACUUGAAUAGAAAAAAAAAGACCACAAGAACUCAGUCAGCAGACAUAAACAACAAUAACCUCGUGUUUAGACAUGGCCAGCACCCAGACCAGUUUGAAAACCCCCUUCAAAGACUUGACCUCAUUCAAGGGCAACAUGAAACGGCUGCACAGAGAGCGACUGGAAGACGCGCCUAUCAAGAAGCGAGUGAUGGCGGAGCUCAACCUGAAGCGCCGCAGCCUGGAUCCCCUCCCCAAAACGCCAAAGGUGAAGAGGGAGCAGAUCGACGACCUGUGCCACGACCCUGACAUGGAUGUGGAGGGCCGGGCCGAACUGCACAUGGUGGGCUCUGCUAAAGCCCUGGACCUGAGCCCUGGGCUCAAACACACACUGGCCCAGUUCACCCUGAGCAGCCAGAGCUCACUCGGAGGCCCGGCUGCCUUUUCCGCCCGCACUGGCCGUGAGUAUUCCCCGACUGGUAUGCUCCCCUUGUCCUCUCCUCCGGUUCUGGGAGGGGGCCCUCUGCUGGUUCCCUGUGACAGCUCGACUGAAAUCACCCACUCGCUGCUGGAAGGAGAGUCCAUCUCCUGCUUCGUUGUCGGGGGAGAGAAGCGGCUUUGUCUGCCUCAGGUGCUAAACUCUGUGCUCCGCGACUUCUCGCUGCAGCAGAUCAACACUGUGUGCGACGAGCUCUACGUCUACUGCUCGCGCUGCGACGCCGAGCAGCUGCACAUCCUCAAGGUGCUGGGCAUUCUGCCGUUCAACGCGCCUUCCUGUGGCCUCAUUACACUGACGGAUGCACAGCGGCUGUGCAACGCUCUGCUGCGUCCGGGCGCGGCGUUGCCCGUGGACCCCAGCGGUAAGCUGUCGACCCAGGGCCUGCUGAAGGAGAGCGAAGCCAGUUUCAAGGUGGAGCACCAGUGUUUGGGGAAGUGCCAAGGUCUCUUUGUGCCCCAGUUCUACACCCAGACCGAGGCGCCCUGCAUCCAGUGUGUUGAGUGCCAGUUGCUUUAUUCACCGCAGAAGUUUGUCAUGCAUUCACACAAGUCGCCCGAUAAGAGGACCUGCCACUGGGGCUUUGACUCGGCCAAGUGGCCCUGCUACCUGCAGCUUGCCAGGAAGUACCAAGGCAUGCCGGAGGAGCCAAAACUCCAGCAGCUCCUGGAUGAGGUCAAAGAGAGGUUCCACUACCAGAUCAAGAAGUCGCUAGACAAAAAGGCAGUGGAGGAGGAGGAGGAGGAGAGCCAGGUGAGGAAGCCCUCAGCAGAUCUCUGCUCCCCUGGCAGCAAGUUGACUGAUGCCGACCCUGCAAGAAAGGGCAAAACAUCUCCACCUGCUCUGGUGUUCAAUCAUCUUUUCUCAGACAUCAAGGAGGAGCCAGAACACCCCACCCUGGUCCAUCCCAGUUAUUACCUGUACACGUACAAUAAGAUGGUGGCUCCCAACGUGUCUCUGCAGAGGGAGGCGGAGAUGAGUCCCGAGAUGUUCGGAGCGCUGCUCAAACAACACUACGGCCGCAGAGCGCUGGGCCACGACGAGCCACCCAUGGAUCUUCAUGCGUCGCCCGCCGUUGCCGAUGGCGCCGAGGAGGCCAAAUCCCAACGUGCCGCUGCUGCCUCGGCCAGUGAGCGGGAAUGCCAAACCCAGGCAGUUUCCAUGGAGACAAGCAGCCAGAGCUGCAAGAAAGCCACCCACACCCCCGCCCACACCCCUCCUCCUCCCGCUGUGUCGUUGUCGUCGCCGGGAACGGAAGUAGCGUCUAAGGAUACGGGCUCUGACACGAGCAUCGCUGCGGUGGGGGGGCUGGAGGACGACAAGGACCGAAUUGUUGUGGAGAUCAUGCAUAUGUACAGCAGGCAGCAGGAGAAGCUCAACUCCACCCUGCACAAGCAGCUGCAGCUGGAGAUGGAGCUGGAGGCGGUGCGCGGGGGUGAGGCUGCUAGGCUACGGGAGCUGAGCGCCGAGCAGCGGGAGCUGCGCAGCGAGCUGGAGGCGGUGCACAGCGAGCAGGCGCGGCAGCUCAGCCAAGCCCGCCAGGAGCAGCUGGAGCUGGAGACCCGUCUCGAGCAGCUCCGACAGCAGGCCUGCGCCUGCGAGCCGGGGGCGCGACGCCAGCAAGAGGCCCACUACGCUGCACAGUUGUCGGAGCUCCGUCAGAGGCUGGAGCAGGCGGAGACGGACCGGCAGGAGCUGCAGGAGGAGCUGCGCAGGGAGCGGGAGGCGCGGGAACAGCUCGAGCGCACAAUCAGCCAGCUCAAGCAGCAGAUGGUCCAUUCUGCCCCAGAGGGAGGCAGCCCCUCUCCUCCUCUUACCCCGUCAAACGGACCCCCUAAUGCCCACUGCCCGCUCUCCUCCUUCUCAGAGGCCCCAGCGGCUGGCCAAAAGUAACUGUCACCACCUCAGGCGCCUCCCUCAUUCCUCUCCCGAUCACCCGCCAACUCGACAGACGCAAACAAAUCAGCCGAGAGCAGAACGGAGCGUUGCAUCUCCUCGCGCUGUUUUUAAGUUGUGCAUUUUACCCUUUUAUUUCAGUUAAGGACUGACUUUGAUUUUGUAAUCUCACAUCACUUAAAAGAAAAGUUUUGUGUUGUGUUUCUUUAUUAUUCGUUAUCCUCUCUUUAAACAGUAUUUAAAGAUUUUUUUUUCGGGCAUGUAUGUUUGAUUUAAUUUAUCGUUUUUACUGAACAAACAGCUGCUUCGGAAAUUGACGGUCAAGUAGAGACCAACUCAACCCAUCUCUAUUUGCCCCCCCCACCUCACCCCUCACACGACUGUCACCCGCCUCUCCCAUCCCUUCUUGUUCUCUCUGGAUUCUGGAGCUAAAGGCUUUGAGACUUCAGACUUAAGCUCAGACACAGACGUGUCCUGGAUUUCACUUCAUGCUCCUACCCGGCACAGCGGCCGGUAUCCUCGGACACACGAUGGAGCCUGGUUGCGCGCCCGGUCUCCGCAUCUGUACCUUGGAGCUCACGCGCUUCAGUCCCAGCGACUGCAGGAGACUGCGUAGACAUUUCCAUACAGUUUUUUUUUUCUCCCUUCUUUUUUUCGUGUGCUCCUUCUAAAACACAGAAAGAAAGGCGUAACAUGUCAAAGAAUAUAAAAUCUCAAAGGAAAGACCUUUACUGUACAAAAAAAAGACAUUUUGCGGAUGUCGUAAAAACCUCAUGAAAAUAUGCCAAUAGUGACGCUGAACUUGAAAUGAGUGUUUUGAGUGUGACCCCCCCCCCCACAAGGUAGCUAGCUAGCAAAUCGUCUGGCCUGGACCCCCCAGCUGCUCCUCACACAGGCUAGUCGCCCUCUUCACUCUGCUGGGCAGCACCUGGACUCUCCUGUCGGAGACCAAAGAGUCUGGCAGUUGAUCCAGUGUCUCCUCUCUACACACACACACACACACACCCUUCCACCGCUGUACAAUAGCGCCAUUGCAGUCUGCUGGGAAACUCUAUAACACUGUGGUUUUCACCCAAUUUAGGCUAGACAGGAAACACUGUGCUCCCUUCAGGCUCGGCAUGAAGAAGCUCACAAGCAGUGUUCUGCACUUAAUGCGCUCUCCUCCCCCGGAGUCCCACGGGGAAAGGAAUGCGUCUGGACUCGGGGGCUGCUUGAACCAGUGUAGCUUUUCUAAGAAAGAGGGAAGAGCAGCGUCUCACAUCAUGUGCGGCGGCCGUACUGUGUAACCAUAAUACGUGCAACAUCCUCACACGCACGCACACACUCGAGUGUGUCGGUCCGAGCUUUCGGGCGGAACAAUGGCCCCAGCGUUCCCAGCAGAUGAUCAAAGCUCCCGCCUGUCCCCGUUUUGUUUUCUGGGCUCGUUCCGUUUGACUUCAUUGUCAGCAGACGCUUUUUUUUUGUUGCAUCCACCACCAUGUUCGUCAGAGCGUCUUCUGAGAAUGUGGGUCGCAGGCGAAAGCAGUUAGUCCGGUGUGGCUCGGGCCUCGGGUCCGGCCCCCGCUUUAUUCUGCCUGGCUGAACAAACGGCACUGGGCAGGAAGAGGAAGAGAGGGGAGCGCUCGGGGGGGGGGGGGGGGGACUGGUGCAGCAGGCUGGGUGGCCCAGACACCAGGGGCACACGGGGAGCCCCUGUUUUUGUUUGGUGCAGUCAGAACGGGGGCAGCUGUUGUCGUCCGUGGGCCCCUGCCCACCCUCGGGUGAGACUACAGGAGCCUCCCCACCCUCCCUCAUCUUCUCAGAGAAACGAGCGUCACUCACUCACACACACACACCCGUCCAUCCAUCCCCAGUGCCAGGUCAGCUGGGGGUGGGCAGUGUUUUGUAGAUGCCCAGGAGAGCGAGCAGACGUCUAGCCAGAGGAAGAGAGGACUUUUAUUGUGUCAGUUGCCAGGCAAAAUCUUUUUUAUUGCCACUCAGGGUGUGGGGGUGCGUGUGUGUGUGUAUGUAAGUGUGUGUGUGUGUGAAGGGCAUCGGCCUCAGCUAAACUCUGAGCUUUUUUUUUAUGCAUCUGCUAUAAAUGCAAAUUAAUAGACAUUCCACUGUGCUCCAUCCUGUUGAAUGCAGAUUUUCUUACACAGCUUCCCUUCCCCGUGACGGAUGUUGACGACCGGGCAGAGUACAGUUGUGGUUUGUUGAUUGUCAUCCAAGCAGGUGGAAGCCAGUAAAAUCAAACACACGCCGCAAAUGUACACUCUACUGUUCCAUUUAAACCUUUAUUGAGAUUCUGAAAGAAAAUAUUUAACGUAUUAACUAAAGAUUUAUAUUCACUUUGUAAAUACAGUAGUCAUUAAUAUAUUAACUGUUCUAUGAAAAAUCUUUAUAAGGUUAUAGAAAUUGGACCAGAACUGAGGCUUCAGAUGUUUUUGCUUUCUUUUCUAAAAAAUGUUAUCAUGACUUGACUUGUCGAGUAGGGGUGGGGGGGGGGGUGAAAUGCAUGGUUUACUGAGACAUGAUGCAAGACAAAGGCAAAAUAGGAAUAUAAUACUUGUUACACACUUUUGGCCCCCUUUUUCUGACAUUUUAAUUUGCGUGUGGAUUUCAUCUUGACCGACUGUCGUGUCAUGUGAUGAGCGUUCUCCUCUUUGUGAACCCAUCCCCCCUCUGAGAUCAAUUGAAAAUGAAACGUUUGAUUCAGAAGAUGCAUUUUGGGAAAAAAAGAAAACAAACAAAAAAUGCUUUUUCUUUUUUAUGCAUGUUUUGCUGUCCCUUGAGUUGUGUGUCACCGGGCCAAUUUAUACAUUUUUUUCAUUGCGGGAAAAAAUGAACGAAAAAAAAAGAUGUUUUUUCCCCCUCACGCAACGCACAAACUAUUACGGCGGCUCAUAUGCAUGAACAUUGAACGUGUGCAAGUUUUAUAUCAUUAUCGGUUAAGAGGUUGACGAGAUAUCAAUUCAGAUUAUGAAGAACAUAUAAUGUAGCCUAAUGUGAUUUGGAAAUGUGAGAGAGCGCGAGUGAGUGACGGCCUGUAAAGGGAAAGAGAAAAACCUGCUCAUGUCGCUCUGGAUGUGGAAGUUAUGUUUUCUGAUUCAUUUAUUCCUGUCUGGAUGUGUAAACUUCACUCCAAAGAUCAUCAGUAUUAGUUUAACUGACUUAAUUCCCUCUUAGGAGGCACCAAAAAAACUUCAAUUCAUCACAUGGGCAGACAAAUAAUGUUAACUCUAAAUUGAAUUUGUGUAAUUUGCAUUUUAUACACAAGGGGACGUUGUUUAGCUUCUUUAAUCAUAGUCCAUCAUUUAAAAAAUAAGGAUGAAAUGAAAGGGGAGGAACACAAUGCCAUGUAACGCCUUCAGCGGGGCCUUUGUGCAUUGUGCAGUGUUAUGAGAACGUGGAUAUGCUUUGGACAGAAUGUUUACAGGUGUGGAGUUUGCAAACAGACAAGAAAGCCAGAGGAGCUGAGCAGAGUUUCACCACAGGGACACGUUUGAAUCCAGGAUUUACAUACUCGUCGUCUCCCGGCUACGUGGAAAAAACUAGUAAACAAAUCCAAGGCGACCUUUGAACUGUUGCAGGAGGUCUGCUCUGUGGUUGGCUGUGUGAUUUUCAGCCAGUAAUCCUUCUGUGCGGGAGAAGCCAGGCCGUGUGGCUGCAUUGGCGAUUGAUCUCACAGAUCACCGGUUGCUAAGAGUAGCUGCACCAUGUUUUAAUUUCGAGACAUCCCGCUAUAGAUGAGAAACAUCACGGCUUUGCUUCAAACGAACCCUUUCCCCCCUCGAUGCCGUUCUGACACACGGACCACGGUGUCCGUGUCCGACCGCUGCGUUCUACGUUGCCAAUACUACAGUGUGAUGAGACUUUUGUUCUUGCAUGAAUCGAGACACUGUUCUCCUACCUCAUGUUGUGAUAUAAAAAAUAUGUUUUUUAAGCAGAGGAAGCUGCAUCUCUAACUGUUUAUCAUCAUUGAUAUUUACUAGUAAAUGACAUACCUGUAAAUGCUUUUAGCUAAUACCUCAGUUGUAUCUAGUGUUUUAGUUUUUUUCUGUUUUUGCCCUUCCCUGAUUUCAGAUCUUGUAAAUAUAUAUCCUGUAUAGAUAAUGAACUUGGAUCAAAUUCAAGUAAAGUUCUGUAGUGUCAAACCA